AUGGGCCAUGCUGAUUUCUGCGGACAGGAAGAAGCUGAAUACGACCCCGCCGCCAGGAAAGCCGAACGAGAUGAGAUCACCAAACUUGUUGACAAAAUCAACAUUUCUGCGCUUAUUUCUCGAGCCUCAGCUCUUCGGGGAGGCCUCACUUGUUCUAUACCACACAACCUUGAGUAUGAUAGAUCAACACGAAGCUCAGUUAUGGGUGGGAUGAAUUAUCAUAUCGAGAUAUCAUUCGAUGAUGGAGUCAGUUGGCUAGCGCGUAUUCGAAGGUCCAACGCUACUUCUCCGCCAGCAGAGCUACGAGAUUACAUUCUGCGCAGCGAGAUCUCAACCCUACAGUUUCUUAGUGAAACUCAAGUCCCAGUUCCGAAAGUUUUUGACUUCAACUUUUGUGAAACAAAUCCUGUGGGUGUUGGAUAUAUCCUUAUGGAGAAGCUGCCUGGAAGUUCCCUGCGAUGGUCUCUUGCUACUCCUGAGCAAAGAAGAAAGGUGACAAGUCAGCUUACGGACGUCUAUAUAGAGCUGAAGGCUCAUCCUUUUACUAUGACGGGCUCUAUGCACCAUCCUGGCUCUUAUGAUAUUGGACCAUUUGCUCGAGAGUCCUUGACAGAGUAUCAUGAUUCCCGGAUGAAAGCGCUCGGCCCUUUCUUCUCUACUGAAGCGUACUUUAGUGCACAUAUCCAAUUAAUUUUGGAUUUAAUCAUUCGACAGGAGUUGUACGUCGACCGGGCAGUUGAUGCGUUUUUAAUUCAUCGGUUUCUCUUGGAUCAAGUCUCGGAAGCUUGCUCUCAAAGUCAUCUUGACGACGGGAAGUUCUAUUUGAAGCAUGCGGAUGAGAAGGGGGACCAAAUACUUGUUGACGAUGAAUUUAAUAUCACCGGAAUCAUCGACUGGGAGUGGGCGCAUACGGAUUCAAAGUCAGGAGCGUUCAAUUCACCGAUCGUCCUGCUCCCCGUUGCUGAUUUCUACGCGGGUGAAAACUCCAUCGGUGAAGACGAAACGUUUUUUGCAAAGUGUUUCGAAGCAAAAGGGCAUCCGGAUCUCGGAAUGAUUGUCAGGAAUGGCCGGCUCAUGCACAGAUUUCGAUUUUGUUGCGGCUACGACCUCGCCGAUUGGGAAGGAUUUCUUGGGCUCUUUGCCGGACUUCUGGGAGCUAUGGGAAUCACUCAUGAUUUCCAUUGGGGGACUUGGAAAGCAGAAGCCUUGGAACGCUACGAAAAUGAUCAUCAACUCCAAAAAGUAAUCGAAAUAUACAAUUAG